AGCAUCUCUGCCCGGCGGCGGCGGCGGCGGCGGCCGGGGCAGCGCAAGGGAGGCCGAGGAUGGCGCCGGCAACUCGCGUGGUCUCGAGAGCGCCCAGCCUCGUGGCUCCGCUCCUGCUCGUCGUGGGGCUCCUCGUCGUGCUGAGCGUUUCCCGGGCGGCGCGCCCCCAAGACGAAGGGCGCCGGCAGAGACGGAGCAGCAGCCCGCGGGGAGAGGCGGGCCUGCGGGGGGAUCGUGCCGCGGGAGCUCCGGAGGCGGCCUCCCUGCUCAGCACCUCCUUCGUCCUCAAAGGCGACGCGAUUCACAACCAGGCGAUGGUCCACUGGACGGGCGACAACAGCAGCGUAAUUCUCAUCCUUACCAAGUAUUAUCAUACUGAUAUGGGCAAAGUACUGGAGAGUUCUUUGUGGAGGUCUUCCGAUUUUGGAACACUGUAUACCAAGUUGAAUCUACAACCUGGGAUUGCUACAGUCAUUGAAAAUUUCUACAUCUGCCCCACUAACAAAAAAAAGAUCAUUCUUGUCAGUUCUUCUCAUAAUGAUCUGGACCAGAGCCUUUUUAUUAGCACAGAUGAAGGAGCUACUUUUCAAAAGCAACCCAUUAAUUUUUUCGUGGAAACACUGGUUUUUCAUCCAAAGCAAGAGGAUAAGGUGCUCGCCUACACCAAGGAGGGACAGCUCUAUGCAUCUCUUGAUUUGGGGAGACAGUGGAUUCACAUACAGGAUCAUGUGUCAAAGGACCAUAUUUUUUGGGCUGUUGAUGGAGUUGAUGGAGACCCUAAUUUGGUUCAUAUGGAACUCCAAGAUCCCAGUGGAGAUUUUUACUACAUAGCCUGUCAAGUUCAGAAUUGUUCUGAUAAAACAUUAAGAUCACCUUUCUCUGGUAGUAUUGACAAGAACUCCUUGACAGUGCAGGAUGACUACGUAUUUCUUCAGACAUCAUCAGCAAACCAGACAAAAUAUUACGUGUCUUAUCUUCGGAACAGAUUUGUGCAGAUGAAACUGCCAAAAUAUGCAUUGCCCAGGGAUUUACAAAUUAUCAGCACUGAUGAGAGCCAAGUGUUUGUAGCCAUCCAAGAAUGGUAUCAGACUGACACAUACAACCUCUACCAGUCUGACCCUCAGGGCAUCUCCUAUUCCAUUGUGUUAGAGAAUGUCAGAAGCACCAAGCAGCCUGAAGAGAACGUGUUAAUAGAUAUACUGGAGGUUAGGGGUGUCAAGGGAGUGUUUCUGGCCAAUCAAAAAAUAGAUGGGAAAGUAACCACUCUUAUAACAUUCAACAAAGGCCGCAACUGGGACUACCUUGUACCUCCAGCUGUUGAUAUGAAUGGUAAACCAACAAACUGCAAACCGCCCGAUUGCCACCUUCACCUCCAUCUCCGCUGGCCAGACAAUCCAUAUGUGUCAGGAAUGGUUCAUACCAAGGAUACAGCACCAGGACUCAUAAUGGGGGCAGGAAAUCUGGGUGCCCAGCUCGUUGAAUAUAAAGAAGAAAUGUAUAUAACAUCGGACUGCGGCAAAACCUGGAGACAGGUUUUUGAAGAGGAGCAUCACAUCUUGUACCUGGAUCAUGGUGGAGUGAUUGUGGCCAUCAAAGAUACCUCUAUUCCACUUAAAAUACUCAAGUUCAGUGUAGAUGAAGGUCAGACGUGGAGCACUCAUAAUUUCACAAGUACCUCAGUUUUUGUGGAUGGGCUACUCAGUGAACCUGGAGAUGAGACUUUAGUCAUGACAGUAUUUGGACAUAUCAGUUACCGCUCAGACUGGGAACUAGUGAAAGUAGAUUUCCGUCCAUUUUUCCCCCGAGAAUGUAAUGAUGAAGACUAUGAACCGUGGGAAUUGUCGAAUCUACAGGGUGAUCGCUGCAUCAUGGGUCAACAGAGAAGUUUUCGGAAGAGGAAGCAUUCAUCAUGGUGCAUUAAAGGAAGAAGCUUUAUGUCAGCACUCACUUCCAAAGUUUGUCAGUGUCGGCCUUCAGAUUUCUUAUGCGAUUAUGGAUUUGAGCGUUCGGCAGUGCCAAAAUCUGAGUCUAGUACAUGCUUUGCUGACUUUUGGUUUAACCCAGAAACCCCUCCUGAAGAUUGUAUCCGGGGACAAAUCUAUAGAAGCAGCACAGGGUAUCGCAAAGUUAUAUCUAAUGUGUGUGAGGGUGGUGUGGAUUUGCAGCAAAAUACGUCUCAGCACCUGUGUCCAUGGACUGCCCCUAAAGGACUACAGAUAAGCAUCAAAGGGGAAAGCCUGGCUGUUGAGCCUGGAGAAGAUGUGACUUUUGUUGUCAGACAAGAUCAAGGAGAUAUUAUAAACACCAAAUACCAAGUGAACCUUGGCGAUGGUGUUAAGGCAACAUAUGUGAACCUCACAUUGACAGGUGAACCAAUUCAACACCGCUAUGCAAAUCCUGGGGUUUACCGUGUCUCUGUGGUGGCAGAAAAUGCUGCUGGCCGUGAUGAAGCAGUUAUGUUUGUUCAGGUUCAUUUUCCGCUGAAGGCUUUGCAUCUAGAAGUAGUUCCUGUUAUUGGCAGAAACCAGGAAGUGAAUUUGACAGCUGUCAUCUUGCCAAGAAACUCUAACUUUACACUCUUUUACUGGUGGAUUGGAAACAACCUUCAGCCAGUUCUUUCACUGGAAAACUAUUUGGUAACCAGUUUUGCGGAUGUUGGGGAAGUGAGAGUUACAAUUCAGGCUUCCUGUGGGAACUCCAUGCUCCAGGAUUCCAAGAUAGUCCAGGUUUUGGAUCAUUUUCAAGUACUUUCUCUAAGAUUUUCUGAACAUCUGGACUUCUACAACCCAAACAUACCUGCCUGGCGGGAGGACAUUGGCCGUGUAGUAACACAGCAGAUUUCCAAGGAAACAGGUAUACCCGAAGACAGUCUGGUGACAGUAGUGAAACCUGGACUACCCACAACUGCUAGUUUACAUGUUCUUCUAUCCACAAACCACUCAAAAAGGAAGAGAACCAUGUCUGCUGACAAGAGAAUAUCUGCUAUUAAACAGUCUUUAAAUGCCCAAAACAUCAGUUUCUUCAUGAGAGGAGGGCAAUGGGUCUUUGUGACCUUAGAUAGCUCUGAUUCAGAUUCUCAGAGUAUUGGAGGAGGCGGAGGGUACUGGGCGAUAAUGGUCCUUUUUGUCAUCUGCCUGGUGGCUGUAGGAGCUAUCAUCCUCUACAAGUUUAAAAGGAAAUUACCCGGCCGAAAUGUGUAUGCCCAAAUGCAAAAUGAAAAAGAGCAAGAGAUGACAAGCCCAGUAAACCACAGAGAGGACACACAGAACAUCAUCCAGGGUGAGGAAUUCAUUGAUGACGAUCUUGAUUGUCAAACACUAGGAAAUGCAAGAGUGGCUCCUUCUGGGCGAGGUGGAAACUUGAACAGCUACAGAGUUCCCUUAUUGCUGAUGGCAGUCAGUGUCCAAUCCCAGGCAAUCUCUCAGGCGUGGUUCUGAGCAUUAAUUCCAGGGAGAUGCACAGUUACCUGGUUAGCUGAUGUUCACAGCUAAGAACAUAUACAGGACUCUUCCACUGUUGGAUCCUUUCUUUACCUUCUGAAGAUCUAACUACCGGUGGGAAGGAGAUUUUUAAAUUGGUCUUGACAAUAGAUACGGCCAUGUGUUACUUGGAGAGAAAGAUAAUAUACUUUGUGUUCAUGACUGUGGACUUUUAUUUUUGGUUACACCUCCAACUAAAAUAGCAGAUCCUACAGUAUAUCCCUAGGCAUACUUGCCAACACUUUUUCUGUCUCCUGUCUUCCUUUAGUUCUCUCUGUUCAUUUAAUCAAACACAAGGACCAUGGGGCAGCAUCAAGUGAAAGGCUGUUACAUAGUUCUUGAGCCAGGAAGACUGGUUUUGAAAUUGGCAUGUGAGGUGAACCAUAAAUCUAGCAGAAGGCUGGGUCUGUUUCCUCAGGAGAGGAGAGAUUCCUGGAUCACCGAUACAGCACAGCUGAAGAGGUCCGAGGUGAUACAGCUAAGAGGCGCACAAAUCCCUUCAUCACAUGCUUCUUCAGGCUCAGUGUAGGUCCAGAUCACAUUAUUUUAUACAGAACACCAUGUAAGUAAGGCACAGCUAGUAUGGAAAAAGGCAUCAACGCUUCUUGUGCUAUACUGUUCAACACUGGGAACUUCUCAGCUUUGUUUUGUUCUCAGAUCCGAUUCUUUCCUUGCCAGAUACAAUCAACCCUGCUAUAAGAGAGCUCCAAGAGAGUGACUGGUCCUUUGCAACCCACAUAAUUAGACAGUAGUCAGCUUGGGCUGCCUUACCUUCUUUUGGUCUCCCGAACAGCAAGUGUAAUUACUUUCUUUUCUAAAAUUUCUGUAAACCUUUUUAAGUAUCUUUUUUAACUUCCUAUUUUUAUAACUAUACAAGCAUUCCUGUCUCAGGAGAGUGCUCUCAGAGCAGCAUAUUUAGAAUUUGCUAUUUUAUUCUCUCUCCCC